AUGUCAGGGCUGAUAUGCACAAGACGAUUGUAACCGGUCAUAGAAGCACUCUCACAUUGGCUGCAUGCAUGUACACCACCUCCACAUUUAAUGCAGGGACAUAUGAUGAAGUAAUAACAAUUACUUCAUCACUAAGCCACAUCAAGCUGCUUGGGGCCGGCUUGCAUCGAACCAUAAUAACUGGUCAUAGAAGCACCCCUACCAUGGACACAACGUACACCACCCCCACAGUUAGUAAGUAGCACUACUUUUUCUUUUACGUACAUACGACUGUUUUUAUAUUCAUAUAAUUUAGGGGGGAAAGUCAAAUAAAUCUUUCUACUCGUGUGCAACCAUAACGUAAGCUCCUAUACUAAAAAAUUGAUCAAAAAUUCAAAAUUAUGGCCGUUAAAUUUGAACGAACUCGUUAAUUUUUAAUUUUGUAACUUUGACACAGUUACAUUUGGUAAAAAAUUAUACACUUUUAUACACAUUUUCAAAAUUAUUUAAUUUGCACCUGAAGUUUUUGUCUCUAAACUUAGACCAUAGACAAAAAAUGUUAGUUGAAAAAUUCAAUUUCAUAGAAAAUAAACAUCGGUCGGGAAAUCUAAUUCAAAGACAAUAAAUGUCUGGGAGAGACAAAAAAUUAUGACAAGGCAAGAAAAUGUAUGUCUAACAAAUGUUCAAUUUUUUCGCAUCAAAGGAAUCUAUAGAUUUAGACUACUAAUAAAUAACGUUGAUCGAAGAAAUGAUUUUACAAACAAUAUAAUAAAUGUCUGGUACAAAAAAAUUGAUACUGGGUAAAUAUUGUAUUCUGUUAAUCCGAUUUAUCAGAAAAUUGUAUUGAUAACUUUAAUUUAUAAAGUUAUAGCAACAAAAAAAAACUUGGUCGAAUGGUUUUUGUCUAUGGCAGACAAUUUUUAUCUGUAAAACUGGAAUUCUCUGGUCGAUAUUUUUCUUUCUAUGACACAAUUUUGCAGAAGAAAAUUGGAGUACGAAGCUUUUUGAAACUGUGAACAAAAAGUAUAAUUUUUUAUGUAGCCCAAAGUAUUUUUGUAUGUGCGAGACUAUUAAUGUCUAUAAAAUAUGUUUUUGCGAUCAAAUGUUUUGUCUAGGGCCUAAGUGUAGAGACAAAAACUUUAGGUGCAAAUAAUUUUGAAAAUGUGUAUAAAAGUGUAUGAUUUUUUUAUCAAAUGUAACUAUGUCCAAGUACAAAAUUCAAAAUUAACGGUGGUUGUUCAAAUUUAACAGCGAAAAUCGCAUUUAUAAAAAUUCAAAAACCUAGGGAUGAUAUUUAUGAGUAAAAUAUUAAAUAAAUGGAAAUUAAAUUUCAAUAUAAAUAACUGCUUAGGGACUAAAAGUGCGAUUCUCCAAAUAUAAAAAAAUAUUUAGUAACAAUCCCUUUUAUUUUUCAAAGAUCGAGAAAAAAGAAAGGAGAAAGAAUAAAAAAACACUGGGAUAGCUAAUAAAGGUUGAAAUAAGAAAAGGAAAAAAAAAAGCUAAAAAUGUCAAAAACGUACUGUAGUAGGUUGAUUUUCGGUCAAGGAGCCUAGGUGAAUUGUUUUAAGAAGUAAAUGCAUCUAUAUAUAGAGCCGUCAAAAUGGGCCGAAACCCACGGGCUGGUCCGUUUAAACCCAUUUAUUGGUGGGUUAGGGUUGUAAAUUUCUGACCCAUUUAGUUCGCGGGUUUCAUGGGUCAACCCACGCGGGUUGUGGGUUUAAGUGGGUUGGCCCACUAGGUUGUGGGUUGGCCCGCAGGCCAAUAUACAAAAAUAUAGUUUUAAAUUUUAUUAUCUUAAAUAUUGUCCUUUUACUACCAAUAUUAUUAUAAUUACAAAUAAAAAUUAAAAUCAUGGGAAAACAGUACUUAUUUCUAUAAUAAAUUUUCAAAUAAAAUGUUGAAACAUAUAUGUUAUGUGAAGUUCGAUACAAUAUUUAACAAUUAGUAGUCAUUAUUUACAAAUAAUUAAUCAAAAGGUUAUGUAGAUCUUUAUUUUUAUACAAUGAGUAUUUUUGUCGCAUACCCUCUUAUAGUUUUCAAAUUCUCGUACAACUAGUAUUUAAUAUUUUUUAAUUAAACUUAACAAGUAUUGAAUUUUUAGUAUUUUGAUUUCUUAUAUUUCCUUUGUUACUACUUACUAAUAUAAAUAUAUACUUCCGGGUAAUUAUUUUUAAUUUUUUUUGUUAUAUAUUUUUUUUACAUAUUAGCCCGCGGGCCAACCCGUUUAACCCACGGGUUAGGUGGGUCAGGUUAGGGUUGUAGAAAUUCUGGCCCGUUAUUAAACGGGUUGGCCCGACCCAACCCACAUAGACCAUAACCCGUCAUGGGUCGGGUCGGGUUGGGUCGGGUUUGCCCGUUUGACAGCUCUAUCUAUAUAUCGUUUUUUAGUACAUAGGCUUAGAGGAUGGUUUCGUAACGAUCGAAGGGCUUAUUUGACCCCUUUUUCCUGUUAUUUAUGAGUGCACUAAUUGCAUAUUCAACAUUUUGAUGGUAGAUGAAAGUGGAUCAGACUUUAUUGCGGAAGGGAUAACCUUUCGAAACACAGUUGGACCACAACAUCGUGCAGUUGCUCUUCUUGUCCAGGGUGACCGUUCUGUAUUUUACAGGUGUAGUGUGGAAGGGUACAAGGAUACUUUAAGCCCCCUCCAGGGUAUCCUUUUUUUUAGAGAGUGCUAUAUUUACGGUACCGCUGACUUUGUUUUUUGCAAUGCACGAGCGGUGUUCCAAAACUGCAUAUUAUAUGCAAGGAACCCCAUAGCUGGGGAGGAUGUCACCCUAACUGCCCAAGGAAGGGUGAUCACUGACUUACGUGGAGGAUUCGUAUUUCAGAAUUGUCAAAUAAGGGCAACCCCUGAUCUAAUGCGGCCUUCAACUAAAGUGUUUUUGGGUAGACCCUGGACAGAUUGCUCCCGAGUCCUAUUCAUGCAAAGUCGUAUGGAAUCGAUAAUUGAUCCAACGGGUUGGCGAGAAUGGGGUGAGGGUUCUAACGCAUCAUCAUCAACCUGCCUUUACUAUGGGGAGUAUAGGAACACAAGGCCAGGGGCAUCCACAAACCGCAGGGUAGACUGGCCAGGAUAUCACAAAAUAACCAGGGCAAGUGAAGCUAUACUUUUUACCGUUCAGAAUUUCAUCAAUGGUACGACAUGGUUGCCCGGCACAAACGUGCCAUUUAAAUUAAGCAGGUCUUAGGAGAUGAUGAAAUGGCGUUGUUUAAAAUAUUAUUGUCUGCAUGUUAUGCUUAAACGUUAGCGCAUCUCCAAUGCUAGAAUGUGCACGUUUCACAUGUGCCAUGAGAGAGAUAGACACAAAAUAUUGAUUUUAUAACAUUUCUCUCUCCUUCUUUCCACGGUCUUAUGUGUUUUUGGUAAAUUUUUCUCUGCAAUGUCAACCACAAUGUCUAUAUCUAGACAUUGUGAAGAAAAACUUACCAAAAUGAUGUAAGAUCCUUCAAAUAAGGAGAGAUAUUCUAUAUAUUGUUUUUAAUUGGUUAUUUCUCAUGCCACGUAUGCACCGUCAAUGUAGUUUUAUUAGAUUGUUAUAUAUAAUACUGUCUUGAUACUAUGGC